AGGAAACAUGUUGAUAGCUAGCAUACUAUUCCUACUACCACGUAAUUGAAAAUGUGUAUAUUUCUUACAAAUGUUAGUAGCAACUAUUGUUCCCGUGUGUCGAGUUUUACUUUUUAGAGUUUAGACGUGUACUGAAUAGGCUAAUUAGCUAUGUCCGAACGGGAAGAUGAAGCCACAGACCCAGAAAUGACCGAGGGUGCCCCUGAGGACCAUCACGAAUCAGUUUCGGGAAAUAAUUAUGCAACUUCAGAGGUUCAGUCUGAAACUGAAAUACAGACCGAGGAAGCUCACAAUGACAUUGAAGUUGUUAUACCAACAAAUAUUUGUCCAGCCUUUUUGACAUCAGGGGAGACUGGUCAUGUAGUGGCAGAACAAGAUUAUCAAGACAUUGCCAGCCAUGUCAGCGUAACAUCUGAUUUGGGUAACUCCACGGCCAGUGUUAAGAUUAUGCUUAUGCCUGAGGGACAUAUGAUGACCAUCGCUUUUACCAUUGGUGUCACUACUCGAGAACUGAAGGAUCACUUUGCUAAUGAGCUGAAAGUUCCGUCAGAAGUCAUACAGCUUUCUCUUGAUGGAAAAGUCGUGGGGAAUGACCAGACUCUCAUUGACCUGGGCGUUCAACCUCAUGGCACUAUCCAACUAGAGAUGACCUCAUCAGACCCUGAAAGACACCCCAUCCGUCCAGUAAAACUCCAGCAGUACAACAUGUCGGACGUCAUCACUGUCAGAGUCCAGACAGAAGCAGACACCUAUCAGGAUGUAGUGGUGGAGAUUGAGAGGGCCACCAGGAAAAAGCCUUUUCUGGGAGGUUACCGUCACAAGACCACCGCAGCAGAGUUCCAUCAUGCUGCUGUACAGACCAUGGCCAAGAGGAGACCUGACAAAGGAGUGGACACCUUCAGCCGGGACACACAAACAGUGGAGAUGAAGAGUCAGGCUCAGCAGUGCGCCAACAACACGUCCACCCAGAUGACCAAGACUGGCUGCUACAUGUCCAGCAUGGAGGACAAGCUGAUCAGCCCUGGCUCAUAUGUCACCGCAGACCAGUACCACAGCGCCAGACUCAAUGCUGUGAUCACUCUGCAGACGUAUUUCAGGCGUUGGCAGGCCAGGCGUUUCACCGACCUUCUCCGGAUGGACAGGGAGUUCCGUCGAGUGUGGAUGGAGCAGGAGGAGGCGCGGAAAAAGCAGGAGAAGGAGGACUACAUCAGUGCUGAGCACCACAGGAGGAUGCACCCACAGAACAAGGAGGACUUCGCUCUCCUCUAUAAUGCACUUGAAAAGUGGAGGAAGGAGGAGCUGGAGCGGAUGGACAGCUGUGUGGGUGGGGCUGAGCGUAAGGCUGCUCUGUGCGCUCUGCUGGAGAAGGAGACGCAGCUCAUCGCCUCCAUCGGACGCCACCGCAUCGUCGCUGGUGAGAGGAAUCAGUCCAAGGCUGUACAAGCCUUCCUGGACAAGUGUGCAGCUCCUCGAAGAUGGAGAGCGUUUGACGGGAAGGUCACUGAGAUGGACACCCAGUACACCCUCCGAGCCAGGGAGCUAAGAGACCUGUACAGCAGCAUCAACCUGCACUACCUCUGCCAGGAGGAGAGACUGGACGUGCUGCUCACACUCAAACACACAGUGAAGGAGCAUGACUGCAAGCUGUCCCAGGAGAUUGUGGAGCUGAUUGACAGAGAGUCAGAUCUCUUGCUUAGGGGUGUGAAGGAGGCCAAUCUGGAGGGACUGAGGACAAGGAUCUCCACUCUCUUCCUGCAGUACAUCAAAACCCCCACCUUCAACCCACAAGUCACCAAGCUGCUGAGGAUCCCCCAGGACCCAGCCGAGCUGAGGAAGGACAUCUACUACUGCCGUGGCUGCAACGCCUACCUGCGCUCCACCCACUUUGCCCUCACUGCCAACGCUCGAGCGGUGGGCCACUGCCGCCGCUGCAGUGAGCUGGACAAUGAGGCCCGGCACAGGGAGGACUUCUCCCACUACAAGAGCAUCCUCAGGCGUGUGCGCAAGGCUGAGGCUGAGUGCAACCCAGACGCCAAGAUCCCAUACCUGCUGCAGGAGCAGGACCUGCGCUACCUGGUGGAUGUGGUGUGGGGAGCGCAGUCGGCCCUCAGUGCCUGGAGCAACAUGCAUGAGCUGACCCUGGUGCGCUGGGACCAGCUCUGGGACUGGAGCCCCUGGAACUGCAUCCUGCUGACCAAGGACGAGGCCACCGCCCACCUCAAAGUGGACAGCAUUGAGAAGGCUUAUGGUGUGGUGUUCAUCCGCUCUGUCAAGCACAGACACACGCUGGCACGCAAGUACUUCUCCCAGAUCCCUGUGAUGGCUGAAUACCUGCAUGAUGUGGGCUCCAAGCCUGCUGCUCAUUGCAAACUACUAGUGGCCAAGCACAUCAGCACAGUGGCUAAGUAAACCAACCCUACUGCUUCCAUGGCAACACAGUAACUUUGUGUUCCUACAUGCCUUACAGUAAAGAGGCCGUUCUACUUUCUUGCCCUUUCGUCCACUUGAAAAGAAAUGUGUCUCCUCCUCCUUUCUAUAGGCAAAGGUGGUUAUUUUUAAACUGAUAUGAUAAUACCAAUCUAUAGCACCAGGAAAAUUAAACAUGCCUUUCUGUC